AUCUAGUGGUAUCACGAAUUUUUUUACCACACCAGCCUUUGUCUUUAAACAAUAAAAAAUUAAAAAUCGAUUACCUUAUCCGGACACUUCCCUCCAUUUGACUAGUUGUCAUAAAUUUGAAAACCCCAAAUCGUCUUUCCUCACCUAAAACACCACAGGAUCAAGAAGCCGUCUUUUCGAAUCGUUCAAGCUCUUCUUUUUCAAACUACGUUCAUGUCAAAAUCGAAGAAGGUGAAAACCCCCCUAUAUUCACAAUCCACUUUUAGUUUUUCUCAUAUCAACGACGAUGACGACGAUUUUCAGACCCCAACUCAAUCGUUCCCACUCACCCAAAGAAAACCUAGCUCAUCACAGUUAGUCAAAUCCUCCAAUGCCGCCAGCAAUCGACAACCCAAGAAGCCUAAAAAGAUUCAUGCUUAUCCCGGUAAGGAAAAUCUCGAACUUCCACCUGAUUUAGGUUUGGAUUCAAUUGUGUCUCUAGAAUCUAUGGAGUCGACUGUAUUCUGCAGCAAUGUAUUAGACAACGGUGAUUCAUUUACGAAUGAUGAGAAAGAAACAAAACCAAAAGAAGGGUUUGGCUACUUAUCGAAUUCAAUAGAGUCUAGGUUGUUGUCGAGGUUCAGGGGUGAGUGUGGAUUAAGUGUUUGUGAAAAUUCUAAUGAGAAGGUAGACGAAGAUGCAGAGGAAAGAUCUGAUGACAAUCAGGAUGCUGGAACUACACAGCUUGAUGUAUUGCUUGAUUUAUGUUGCUCAUCUGAAGAUGAGGAUACGCCUAUGGACAAUGCUGAUAACAAUAACAUGGAUGUUGUUGGUUUUAUUAGCUGUCCCCUGUGUGGAAUUGACAUUUCUGACAUGAGUGAGGAGCUGAGACAUGUUCAUACCAAUGAGUGCCUUGAUAAAGAGCAAGUUCAUAAUCAUAAUCAUGUAGAUGUUCCUAAUACUGACAAUUUAACCGAAUGUCCUGGACAAGUUCUUGAUGAUCCUUCUCCUGAAGCUGAAGGGCAAAUCCGUCAAAUUUCUCCUGUUUCUAAAUGGCUGCACAAUCUUGGCCUAUCUCGGUAUGAAGAAGUUUUCAUCCGAGAAGAAAUUGAUUUGGAAAGUCUGCGAUGGCUGACAGAUGAGGAUCUAUACAAUAUAGGUAUUACUGCUCUUGGUCCCAGGAAGAAGAUUGUUCAUGCUCUUAAUGAACUAAGAACACAAGAUUCAGUGAAUACACCUCAAAAAGUGGUGAAUACACACACAGAGAAUACAAAAAUAAUCACAAAUAAGAAGAUUACAGAUUUUUUUCCUGGUUUCACUCCCAAAGUGAAAACACAAGUGGUGAAACCCAAUUCAAAUGAUGGCAAUAAACGUAAUAUUGUGAAAAAGAAUGUCUUAAAUAGAAAGACCCGAGAUAUACCCCCAUGGUGUUCAAUCACAGGAACACCAACACCCUUCCGUGUGGAUGCAUUUAAAUAUCUGAGAAGGGAUUGCUUUCACUGGUUCCUUACACACUUCCAUGCAGAUCAUUACGGAGGUCUUACAAAAUCAUUCUGCCAUGGAAAGAUUUACUGCAGUUUAAUUACAGCAAAACUUGUAAACUUAAAGCUUGGGAUUCCAUGGGAGAAUAUUGAAGUUUUACCUCUUAAUGAAAAGAUAUGCAUUUCUGGAGUUGAUGUCACAUGCUUUGAUGCUAAUCAUUGUCCAGGUUCUGUAAUAAUUCUAUUUGAACUUCCAAAUGGUAAGGCUAUUCUACACACAGGAGAUUUUCGUUUUUGUGAAGAUAUGACAAAGAUUGUUGGUUUACAGAGACAUGUCCAAACACUUAUCUUAGAUACCACUUAUUGUGAUCCUCAGUAUGAUUUUCCAAAGCAAGAUGCUGUGAUUCAAUAUGUUCUUGAAGCCAUACAAGCUGAAGCUUUUAAUCCAAGAACAUUGUUUCUAAUUGGCAGCUAUACUAUCGGAAAAGAAAGGGUGUUCAUGGAAGUAGCUCGUGUCCUUCAUAAGAAAAUACAUGUCAAUGCAGCAAAAAUGAGAAUUCUAGAAUGCUUAGGAAUGUGUAAAGAAGACAUGCAAUGGCUAACUUUAGAUGAAAGGGAAAGCAACAUUCAUGUUGUGCCUAUGUGGACACUUGCAAGCUUUAAAAGAUUAAAACAUGCAUCUAACAUGUAUAAGGGUCGAUAUAGUCUUAUUGUUGCUUUCUCUCCAACUGGUUGGUCUUUUACUAAAGGAAAGAAAUCAACCCCAGGAAAGAGGUCACAACAGGGUACCAUUAUAAGGUAUGAGGUGCCAUAUAGUGAGCAUAGCAAUUUUACAGAACUUAAAGAGUUUGUGAAGUUUAUAUCUCCAGAAAAUAUCAUCCCAAGUGUUAACUUGUCACACCAGAUUUGGAUUUAAGGAGAGUUGGAGUAAUUUACACACUUGUAAACUCAAAGUUAUAUAUGUAAAAUGUAAAAUAUGGAAGAUUGUUAUAAUAAACGUUUGGUAUUGCUGUUUUUUUUA